AGCAAUAAAGAACAGACCCCUUGACUACGACGUUGGUUAGUCGUGUCAGCUGUUAACCUCGUUGUGGGUGAUUUGUGUGCCAAAGAAAGAGGAGAAGUUGUAAAGUGCUGAUAUUUUAAACAUUUACUCAAAAUGUUAAACAACAAGAAUUCAACGGAUUUUAAUUCUUUCAAUACAAGGUCUUCCAAGGAACGUAAAAAUUGUCUGAAACGUGCCUUGCAGCAAACCCUUGUUUUACAGGAAGUGGUCAAUAAUUCCACGAUAAAUAAGCUAGAUGAAGCCAUAAACCAAGUCGACCAUGUUACUUAUGAAACAAGCAUACAAGAAAAAGUGUCUAAUCAGCAGGAGGUGUUUAUUGACUCACAAAUGAUGACAUCAUCUUCCAAAGUGCUAAAAACGUGUACUGUUUCAUUGACUAAGAGAAUGCGUGACUAUGAUUAUGUCGACUUUUCACAAAAAUUGGUAAAACAUUUGCAAGGAACAUCAGGAAAAGCACAAUCUCCAAACUGGUCACUUUUAGAAAGACGAGUAACAAAACUGUUUAAAAAAAUUGCUAAUAGCAACACACUAUUAGGCACACUGGAUCCUUUAGAGAAGAAGACAAUAGUUAGGAAGAAACCUGAGCAGAGAGUAGCAUUGCAAGCUGCAAUGACUGUACCUGAAAAAGUAGUAAAUGCAAACGCAAAAGAUGAAGAUAGUGUGGAACGUACUGUGAGAAAGAUUAAAAAGUUAAUUACAUGUUACUGUAAGGAAACAGGAAAAUCGCUUGAUUUCUUUCAACUAAUUCUGCAUCCCCAUGAUUUUGGGAAGACUAUCAGAAACAUGUUAUACAUAUCGUUCCUUGUAAAAGAUGGAGUAAUAAAAUUGAAAAAAGAUCGUAGAAGUCUUGUUGUAGAACCAUCUAAUCAUCGCAAGGAAACGAACUCGCAAGAAAAACGAUCUGGCAAUAGAAUAAAUAUUCAGAAUGUCACAGCAUUAAACAUGAAACAAUGGAGAAUAUUAAAAAAGGCGUACCGAUUGGAACAACCAAUGAUUAAUUUUGACGAAGGAAAAUAAUUAUUAACGUUCUUUAUCAAUACAAAGAGUAUAUGAUUUUGUUAAAAUUUGUAUUUGUGGUGUUGCAUAAGUUCAAUUAUAUGUUGUAUUAAUCAUUUUUCCACAAUUUCUACUGAAAAUUAUUCAAAUAAAGAUAUGUAAUAAA